GAAUCGCAUUCGUGUGCUGGAGUCAGAGCGCGCUGCGGGGCAUUACUGCACCGCCACGGAGACGCACCAUCACUGAACCAGGAAUAGGGAAGAGGAAAAAGGCGUGAAAUAGUGCAGAGGGGGAUAACAGGGCGUCCCCUUUUUGAAAGCCACCUGAAUCUGUGGAAACAAAAAUUAAAAGGAUCCAGACACUUUAUAAUAAAUACGCGAACGCAGCGGAAAUCUCAAGCGACGUUUCUGGCCAGCACGGCGGUGAAAAAUGAAGGAUCGUACGCAGGAACUACGAAGUGCUAAGGACAGUGACGAUGAUGAGGAAGUCGUUCAUGUUGACCGAGACCACUUUAUGGAUGAAUUUUUUGAACAGGUGGAGGAGAUCCGUGGCUGUAUUGAAAAGCUGUCAGAGGAUGUAGAACAGGUCAAGAAGCAGCACAGUGCCAUUCUAGCAGCACCCAACCCUGAUGAAAAAACCAAGCAGGAGUUGGAGGACCUCACAGCUGACAUUAAGAAGACAGCGAAUAAAGUGCGCUCUAAAUUAAAAGCAAUCGAACAAAGUAUCGAGCAGGAGGAGGGGUUGAACAGAUCGUCUGCAGAUUUGCGAAUCCGCAAGACGCAGCAUUCCACGCUGUCACGCAAGUUUGUGGAAGUCAUGACGGAGUACAACACCACGCAGUCCAAAUAUAGGGAUCGCUGCAAGGAUCGCAUUCAGAGACAACUGGAAAUUACUGGCAGAACAACUACCAAUGAGGAACUGGAAGACAUGUUGGAGAGUGGGAAGCUUGCCAUCUUCACUGAUGAUAUCAAAAUGGACUCCCAGAUGACCAAGCAGGCUCUAAACGAGAUUGAAACCCGGCACACUGAGAUCAUUAAACUGGAGAACAGCAUCCGUGAGCUGCACGACAUGUUCGUGGACAUGGCCAUGCUGGUGGAGAGCCAGGGAGAGAUGAUUGACAGAAUUGAAUAUAACGUGGAACACUCUGUGGACUAUGUAGAGAGAGCAGUUUCUGACACCAAGAAGGCUGUCAAAUACCAGAGUCAGGCACGCAAGAAGAAAAUUAUGAUCAUCAUUUGCUGUGUAAUUUUGGGAGUGGUUUUGGCAUCCACUAUCGGAGGAACCCUGGGCUUCUAAUCGACAUGAAGACAGAUUAACACUUGGAAAGCUGAGUGUUUUAUCCACUUAACACAUGAGAUAAGGAAACUGUCUAAAAACGUAGAUUGGGUAGGGUUAAAAAAAUCGAAUAUUCAAAACAAACAAAAAACAAAUAACAAAGGAGAUGUUACGUACUAGCUGAUUUAAAUAUAUACAAAAGUGGGUACAAAUAAACAUAAUAUUUACAAACUGUACAUGUAAAUGUAUUGAACAUAAAAGCAGCACAUGGGUUACUACCUGUAAAGGAAUAAAAAUCAACUUUUGUUAUUAUUAUUAUUUAUUUAUUUUAUUAUAAUUUGUUUUGCUUUCAUUUUUGGGGGGGCUUCCAAGACAGUGCCAGCAACUGCUAAAUUUCUUUACGUUCAGGCAUAACUUGGUGUUUGGCAAACCAUAAUAGCAUUAAGAAUACUUACAGUACCUAGAUAGUUAUAGAUUGUAGAACCAGUCAGAUUUCAAUGGCCUAAAGUGGUUGCUUACAUUCAAAUGAAAUCUCUCAUUAUUACGUUGUUAGCCGAUUUAUUACAGAUCGUUAACAUCCAGUGACAUUGGAGUGCUACAGUGUAACAGCACUAUUAACCUCAUAGUCGUAAUAAUUUUUUGUGGGCAACCAUAAACAAGCAGAGAAAAAAGAACACUAAGAAGCACAUAAAUUAAUUACUGACGCCAACAAGAUUGUACAUAAAGAUGAUUAUUUAUUUUUUGUUGUGGCCCUGCCAUUAUCGUCAUUUACUGUACUUUAGAUAGUAGGCAGUGAAGGACCUGACGUUUCUCACUUUAAAUGUCGCCACACUUUUACGCAUUUAAAAAGUUACAAUGGGAGGGAUAGCAUGACAUUGUGCAAACUGUUAAACUAUGCAGUUUUGAUUGUGUUUUGCCCGUUUUUUUUUUUUAAUGAAAUUGCGCUAGAGGAACUAAUAGUGAGGGAAGAAUUAAGAAUGAGACAGUUCAGAGACAACAUUUAUUUGUCUACACUGUUCUCACGAUUUCUUAUUUAAAAUAAGGGUUAGGGUUAGGGGAAAUUUCAAUACUUGAAGCAAUGCCUAGCCUAAACAUUACAUUUUGGAAGGUGGUUAGUUCUGCUGAAAUAAUCUUCUUAGUUUACAGCUCAACAUUUGAUUUUACAUUUUUCAUUUGCUUUGUUUCAUAAAUUGCAUAUUUAUUUAUAUUUACUUCAAUAUAAACGAAAGGCUUGAACAGGACAGUUUUGGGUAUAAGAGAUUGACUGCAUCUGAGAUCUUGCUUGAUGUUUUUCACCUUGGUGCUAGUUCAUGGAGAAAGGCUCAUAAAAUGAUACAUUUUGAAAUUAGGGACAAGAUAGAUACUCUAAGGUCCCUUUAUUUAAUACUACAUAUAUGAAACACUAGACUGGGGCAGUACAGACCCUGAUGAGCAAUCUGACUAAAUAUUUUUCAGUGGGCACUUGUGCAUUCUUCAGUUCAGUUGAAGAAACGUGUGUAUAGUAGGGUUUAUCUAUGGUUAUGUUCAACAAGAACUGAUCAAAAACACGUAUUAUACAGUGACUAAAUAUGGAGACAAAUUUUAUAUUACAUAAAACAAAUUCAAACUCAAAUUUAGCUCUGAACGCCCAUCCUAGCAGAUCCGUUAAAGGGAGACAACAUCUUGUAUGGGAUAUAACACUAGCUUAGAAUAAGAAGCUUAGAUUUUGCCAUGCUUUUGGCCAAAGAUUUUGUUGAAAUACAAAUCAAACAGCUGUAUUAUUCAAUAGAUUUUUUUCUUAUGAUUUUGUUGGACAGAAAGUGCCAGCUGAGUUAAUUAUGUACUGCUUUGAUUGAAAUUCAAGGGCUAAAAAUUCUAAACCAAAUUUUAGCUCUGUUUUUUGUUUCCAUUUACACAAGUUCAGAAUCCCUUUUCGCUUGAUUCAGAUUAGUCUCAGACUUUGCGAGAUUAUACACUUAGCCCUUGUCCUCAUUCUCAUUCCGUUAAAAAACAUGUACAACUGUACCAACUCUGAAAGUGCACUCCUUUUUUUAAAAACAGAAUCUAUUAAAUUUAUUUCCCACGUACUGCUUAGCACAGAAUAUAUAACAGGAGCCCCCCCGCCCCACCACCCCUUUACCUACCCAAAGCAAAGUAGUAGGAAACAAGAAUUAAUUGGGGAUAAAUACUGUACACUUUCUACAAAGCCUGAGGCAGAGGGCCGGGACUAUUUUGCUUUAAUCAUUCCAGUAACGUCCAGCAUGUUUUCUUUGAAACUUCUGUGUAUUUAGUGUCAAAUCACUUACAUGUAUGGUAAAAUGAGGUAAAUAUGUAUGUCGGUGUUGUUUUUAGUAGAAGAUAUUGCUGGAAGGCCCUUAUUUGUUAACGCAUGCAACUUUCGCUUUGUUAGUUUGCAUGGCUCUCGAUCAUGUGUGCACUUUACAAUCAAAGAAAACAAUGUCUUAUGCCGCCAUAUUUUUUGGGUUGUACUGUUCUUUGUUUCGUUUUAAUGUUUGUUUUUUAUUUAUGACUAUUUAUUACUGAUCACUAGGGGUUGGCUGGAAGGGGGGGGAUUGAAUUUAUUUAAUAGUUCUGCUGCCUAUUUUAUCAUUACCCUAACAAUGCUGGAGUUUUACUGUAGUCCCCAUGAAUAUGUUCCCGGUGGAUGUGUACAUGAAUACAAAAUCUCUGUUUGUUGCCAGGUGUUUUGUUCCUUACAACGUCCAUGGUGUAAAACUUUGUAUCCCCCCCCCCACCCCCAGAAACACUCUGGGUAAAACCAUUUUUUGCGCAUCUUCUUCAUUUCCCGAUGUUUUCCCAUCUUGAUUGUUGUGCUUAACUGGUGAUGACAUGUGAAUUAUUUUGUAAAGAUACUAUUCUUUAUCGUGAGUCGUGUGCUGCAGUGUCGAAUUGUGCAACUCAAAGGCCAUGUGUGCGUGCCCUGUCCCUUCCGCAACUUUCCUUUUUUACGUAUAUGUUGCUGUAUAUGUGAGCAUGAGCAUUUGUGUGUGUGUGUGUGGUUGUGUGUGUAUGUGCUCGUUUGCUGUUGGAGCCCUUGGUCGCACCGGAUCACCGUGUCCGGCGCAAGGGCUUUCUCUGGUCCGCAGGUCUAUGGUAUGCAGCUAUAGCGUUCCAGUUUUGUGCCGACUUCAUUCAAAUGUUAAGAAAAGUAAUAAAACUAAAAAGCCAAAGCGUUAUGCGAGUACAGAGCACAAUGUUACAGUCAAUUGUAUUGUAUAGUCCUUCCCGCCCAUAAAUCUUGUAAACAAUCUUGCGUAUACAUUAUUAUGUUUUCAGAUCCACUGCAUUCUCAUUAUAAAGGUUUUGAGUUUGUUCUUUUUUAUCCGUUUUGAAGAAUAUAUGUGUAAUGUAUACUACACAAGCUUGUUCGUUUUAAAGCACUUUCUCAAAAAUCAGCUACGUACAAAACUAAUAUCUCCCAACAAUGUUCCAAUUUUGUGUGUAUGUUGCCCCUCCCCUCCCCUCCCACACCCCCAAAUGAUGCUGUUUAUAUUGCCAUAUACACUUGUUGAACUCACUUGCAUUGCUUCCUCUGUGCUGGCAAUACAUUAGACGUAGACAUUAGGUCAGCUCUGGUAAAAAAUUAAAUGAAAUAAAAAUUGUAUAAUAACAUGGGCACAGAUCUGGAUGAAAGUUUUCUCAGUUGUCUUAUUUUCAUUUUUUCAUCGUCACACGAACACUGAUAUGACCAGACAGCACUGGCAUAACACAGCACAUUGAGAAGGCAUUUUGUAAAUGAGUGAUAAUUACAAACUAAUUAUAUAUAAGAGAAAAACUAUGUAUCUUUUAGAGCUUAACUGCAUUAUAGUCUUUUUGGGUGGGGUUGUUGAGUGCCGCAAUAUUACGGGUAAAGAAAAAUCCCUUACACGCUGCAAGCGAGCGAAGUGACGCGACAAAAGCUAGAACAUUUCAGUUAUAAUCAACAAAGAUGUCUACUCUGCAAGUAUGCGACUUAACAGCUCCGUUGAUUAUGACGAGAACGAUCUAGUUCACUCGCUCGCGUGACGCAACCAAUUUUUACUUGGCAAAAUAUCGCACCCGACAGACAGCUCUCAAAGACAUUUACGUUAUGACAAACAAAUUUCUUCUUCUUCGUCCACAGCUAAUGAAAAUGAUCAACCUGCGAUAGUGAUUUUCUCAACAGCCCCAGCCACAAUCCUCCUUAAUUUCAUGCCCUUUUGUGUCAUUCCUUUGAUGUAUAGUCCCAUUGAACUUUAUACCAGUAUUCUUGUUUUAGUGUUAGAUUUAGGAUGAGGAAACGGUUGGUAGAGAUGGUGCUCAAACUGUGAUUUCAGCAAAAUGAUCAUCAGCAUGGUCAUUACAAAGGAUGACCUGUAAUGAUGUGAUGAAUAUAUUAUUAAAAUAAGCAAGGGAAGACACCGUAAACAUUGGCUGAUUGGAUAAGGAUGACAUAAUUGAAUUAUAACGUUAUCAAAUAAUAUAACUACGAUGAUUUAAAGAAUCCCGAGAAGUUGUGUUAUAUUAGUAGUAAUAUUGAAUGCUCGCGAUUUUGUCAAUCUGAACUGAAUCUUUGUCUUGUAAUUAUUGUAAAUAUUUCAAAGAGGGAAAAAAUGACUUGCAUGUCCAUGUAUAAAACUACUAAAAUAGUUCCUGUCAAAGUUGUGAGGUUGAUUGAUUUUUUCUUUGCCAUGGUCAGCUCUUUACUAUUGACCGCUCGCUCAUCUUAAAGCAACAUCUUUCGUUUUUGAUGAUGUCAAGGAUGCUCUAUUACGGAGAAAAGUGGAAAAACGCUUUACCAUCAGAUUCAAUACAAAAUAAUGUGUUAACUCAGUGAGCCGUUAACGGUUCAACUCUGAGCAAAAGUGCUUCCUUCCAUGUACGCCAUUGAUAGGUCUACAGGUCAAAUGCACACGUCGCCAUCCGUAGCUUCCAGGCUCCUUGACCGCUUUUUUUUUUCUUGCCUUUAAUGCCAUUGCAGAGGUCAACCACAUUAGUAUUGUGAAAUGUAUAUCAAUUUAUGUACACUGGGCCUUGUUCAUCGUUCAGAAAUCUAUUCGUACGUAAACGUAAGAAUGGUUUUACAUCUGGAAAUUCGCUCGUGUUUUCUGACUAAGGCCCAUUGCGUGGUGUAUUUUAGGACACUUUUGCAAUUGGUUUUGGUUAGUGUUGUCGAUACCUGUUAGAAAAACCUUGAGUGCAUCGAUAGUAGCAUGACAAACUCGUAAGCUUUGAUGUAGUUAAGCAUCUUAUCUUUGGCAGGAGAUGAUUAAACGAGCUCUGGUCGUAUACAAAGAAUGUCGUUCGGUCUUGAACUACUUGGAACAUGAAGAUAGAAUAAGACAGCAAUGAAAAAUGCUCAAUAAAUCAAGCAGAACAACACUCAUCUGUGCAAUACAAAGAAAAGGGCUUUCUCACACAUGCAUACGAAAGCACUUGAUGGACGCUGACUUGUGGGAAACUGCAGCCACUUACCGUGGUUCCAACCGUUGCUUUAUGUGUCGCCAAACGUCUUCUUGCCCCACUAGGAUCUAAGUUGAAAGUGCAAUCAGGGCAGAAUCCACAAUGCGAUGGGCACCAAGGAUGGGAAGGAAGGAAAAAAUCUAAUCGAUUUCUGCAACUUUGACUGAAAUUGCAACCUCUGUCUUUUAUUUUCUGUGUGUGUAUGUGUGUACUGUAUUGUAAAAAAAAGGAAAAAGAUACAAACAAACAACCUAACUGUCCCUCUCUCCCCUCUCUCUUGUAAUACUGUUUGCUGUUCUGUUUGGUUAGUGUGGCGUACCAGUAUUCCUCUCCUCUCCUUAACCCUUUGCUAUCUUCCACCCUUCUCUCACGAUCUCUCUACCCCCUUUUCUCCAUGGAUCUUUAAGAUGAGAACUCUAUGCAGAUGCUGUCUUUUAUAAGUGUGUCAAAAUUUUACGUUGAAAUGAAAAAAGAAAAACCCCAACAAACAGAUAUUAUGAACUGAAACAAAAAAUAAAGAAAAACGAUUGUCCAGUGUACAA